AUGUCGCGCUGCUCUCUGGACUUGGUGGGUCCGCCCUGCGCACGUGCGGCACCUCCACAGUCCACCUUCUCCUCUAACGUCGCCUCCACAACCCCGUUGGCGCUCAAACGCGCAGUGAUCACAACGGGGCGGAUUUUGGUCGAGGGGGGUUCGGGGCUCUUUGCGCUCACAAAUGACGACACGGUCAGUUGUAUAGACCGCCCGUCUAACGACGCCGCGUGUGCACGGGACUCUCUAGACAAUGGGUUUGCCCAGUAUCCUUUACAACGAUACGUUGACACCAUGAUCGGUCUCACCAAGUCCAACGCAGCAUACACUCUCCAUGUCACCAGUGUGUCCAUAGACAACGGUUCCACCAUUGCAUCUGUCAACAUCCCUGUAAACCUCGCAAAGGACCUGCCCCGUUUUAUUCUCCUUAUGCCAGAUAUCGGACUCGCAGACGAGACAGUUUAUCGCGUCACACAGGACGAGUCUGCCCGUGUGAUGAGGUACAAUGGUGUCCUUACGAUCGAUAUGGGAAUUUACCGACGUGU